AUGCCCUCCUCUCCUCGCUCUUUUCGCCCCUUUCGCCGGCCAUCGUUGGAAGAGCUCCCUCACCAUGACGAAGCGCCUAGUGAUGAUGGAGGGGGUGCGGAAUCCCACGAGCUCUUGGGAUUCCCUUCCCGCCGCGACUCGACCGCCGGCAAACGACGGGAGCGCCACACGCCUGACAAAGAGCUCUACACAUUGGCCGAGGAGCGUGCCAUACGAAGGAAGUUUGACGUUAGGCUGGUGCUCUUUGUCGCGCUGCUCUACAUGCUCAGCUUCCUCGAUCGAUCCAAUAUCGGCAACGCCCGCGUCGCUGGCAUGGAUGACGACCUGCAAACUGAUCCUCCGCGUGACUGGUACGAGUGGGUGCUCACGGCCUUCUAUCUCGCCUAUAUUGCCUUUGAAUGGAUGUCACUUCUGUGGAAGCUCGUCCCCGCCCACAUCCUCGUCUCCGCCAUCGUCUUCACCUGGGGCCUUGCCGCCUCGCUUCAGUCCAUAGCGCCGUCGUACCCCGUCCUCAUCGCCCUGCGCGUCCUGCUAGGCAUCGGCGAGGCCGGCUUCGCCGGUAUUCCCGUCUACCUGAGCUUCUUCUUCAAGCGGGAGGAGCUGGCUUUUCGUACCGCCAUCUUCAUAUCCGCGGCACCUCUCGCGACGAGUUUCGCAUCGGCCCUCGCAUGGCUCAUCGUCAAGUUUGCGCAGCGCAGCCCCAUAGCCCCCUGGCGCCUCCUCUUCCUCGUCGAGGGCUUCCCCUCCAUAAUCGCCUCCGUCAUUGCUUGGAACGUCAUCCCGGACUCCCCUCAGGUGGCGUCCUACCUCAGCAGGAGAGAGAAGAAGGUGGCAUGCCUGCGUCUCCGCAACGAGACGUCGUCGUCGUCGGAAAACAUGCGCCCGGCUUCUGGACUCCGCGCGCGCCAACUCCUCGCCGUUGUCGUGGACCCCAUCGCCUGGAUCACCUCUGCCAUGUUCUUCCUCUCCAACAUGGCGUACUCCUCUCUGCCCGUCUUUUUGCCCAAGGUCAUCUCCGAGAUGGGUCACAGCGCGCUCGCCUCGCAGGCACUCAGCGCACCGCCCUAUCUUGUCGCCUUCGUCGUCGUCCUCAUCACCGCUCAUGUGUCGGAUCGGUACCGAGCGAGGUCGGUAUUCAUCGUCUUCCAUGCGCUCAGCUCGGCUCUCGGUUACGCCGCCCUGGCGCUCGCCUCGACACUCAACCUGCCUCCGUCUCUGCGAUACGUCGCCAUAUAUCCUGCCGCCGUCGGCUUCUUCAACGUCGUAACCCUCAUUGUGGCCUGGAGCAUCAACAACCAGGCAAACCAGACCCGCCGGAGCGGCGGAUUCGCCCUCUUGCAGCUCGUCGGUCAGUGUGGCCCCCUGAUCGGGACGCGACUCUACCCCGACCAGGAUGCCCCUUACUACUCUCGGGGCAUGCGAGCGUGCUCGUGCGCCAUGCUUUCGGUUGCCAUCCUGGCCGUCGCCAUGCGAUAUUACCUUCAGUUUCGGAACAGGCGCAUGGACAGCGCUGCGGCCGAGCGAGCCGCCGCCGGCGUGGCGGGCGAGGAGGAGGGUUUAGUUGCGCCUGGAAAUCAGAAACCCUCUCCGUUGGCAGACUCAUUCAGGUACAUGCUGUGA